GUAUGAGUUUUAUAUUUAAUUAUAUUUGAAACCUUUAUAAUUAUUGUCUUGAUCUCACGAGAAGAUGCCAACAUGACUAAAAGUAACAUGGCCGACAUGGGGAAACUGUGGGAAGAUUUACGGAAACAAGCAAGACAACUUGAAAAUGAAAUUGAUCUCAAGCUGGUGUCAUUCAGCAAGCUUGGUACAAGCUAUUCAUCACAGAGAGACUUCGACAGUGCAGCCCUUGGAGAGAAAAGUGAUACUGCACCUCUUAUUAACAAAUCUAGCAGUGAGCACAUGUUUGAUACAAUGGCCAUGGAGAUAAAGCAGUUACUCUCCAAGUUGACAGCGGUCAAUGACCGGAUGGUGGAGUACACGCAGACCGUCAGUAUGAAUUCCCCGGCUCUGCUGCACACCCUGCAGCGGCACCGCGACAUCCUGCAGGAUUACACACACGAGUUCCAGAAGACCGAGGCCAACAUCGCAUUUCUCAGAGAGAGGGAGGACCUGCUGGGAUCUGUACACAGAGAUAUCAAUUCAUACAAGAACUCAUCCGGUCUAAACAGAAGAACAGAUUUAUAUUUAAAAGAAAAUGAUCACAUAAGAAGUUCAGAAAGAAUGAUAGAUGAUCAAAUAAGUAUUGCAAUAGCUACAAAAGAAAACUUACAGUCACAGAAAUCGAUGCUGGGAACAAUCUCACAGAAAAUGAACUCAUUAGGAAAUCGAUUUCCAUUGAUCAACAGUUUAAUGCAGAGAAUAAACAUUCGGAAGCGGAGGGAUUCCAUCAUUCUUGGACUUGUAAUAGCCGUGUGCGUCAUACUCUUAAUAUUAUAUGCUUUCCACUAGCACCCGUGUUCACGACAGUAUCAGCAAUUUGUCGUUAAGACUGUUUAAAUCCGAAUCUGUGUAAAUUUUAUUGUGUACCUGUGCAAACCAGUUUGAAGACAAAUGGUUGAUUCUCAAGUGUAUGGGUAAUAUUUGUUACAGGUUGUUACGUACAUAUCUGUGAUGGUGGUGAACGAAAGUGCGAGGAUCGACGGCUGAGAUGUAAAUAUGGACCUGUGCUCAGCUGACUUUGUUCCUCAGAGAUCCUAUAAUUUAUUUCCCUUUACUACUGCCCUGCUAAGGUGAAAAGCAGUAUAUGAUAAUCUAGUGCAGAACGAGUUUAUGAAUUGUGGUAUUUUAAAAUGAGCAUCACCAUAAUAAAAAAUAUACCAUAUUUUGUGGACUAUACAGCUCACCCUUAAAGAACCCGCACCCCUGUAUUUGAACAUGCUUUACUUUAAAGAUACCUUUCACAUAUAAGAUACACUGUUUUAUGAGCUGCAUGUGACACGGUACAUUGGUUCAAUGUCGGAGGCAAAUCGGGGUGGGGGUUGGGGGGGUGGCAGGGGUCCAGGCCCCCUCUAAAUUUUGUGAAUUAUAAUUUUAUUAUUUAUAAAUUUUUAUUUUUUUUACAAUCUCCCUCCAAACCUCUCCCAAAGUUCCCUUGGCAAACCGCCUCAUGUCAUUUUGCCCCCCCCCCCCCCCCCCCCCC